CUCACACACACACACACACACACACACACACUAUAAUUAACCAGACUAGCGAGCCUUUUCACUUUGGCUUCACAACCUUAAAUCAGACUGGACUUCAUUUCCAAGUAGGAACCGAAGUUGUGUGGAUAAGUGGCUCGCACCGGAGCGCGCGCCUCGACUUUCACCUUCUCCUUCUUAUAGGAUUCUUGCAAGCGAGCUUCCUUCUCGAGUCCUGCGUCUGGGGCACACCUCUGGAGACUACGAUGUUGCACGACAGUUUGGAUACAUCCUCCAGCUAGAUACUAUUUUGUGGUUGUUUUUAUCUUUGUUAUUUUUUCUUCUUAUAUUUAAUGAUUGAACAUUUCCGAAAGUCCUAACCAUGGACCUUGUGUGGAUCGUCCUGAUCGCGUGCACUACAUUUAGUGCAGGAACCGAAGGAGCAUGCGUCCACCAAGGAGUCCUGGUUGGGAACAAUACGUCAUGGAAACCAGACGCUUGUCAAGACUGCACCUGCCACAGCGACGUUGUCAUGUGCAAAGCUACGAAAUGCCAAAAUCCUCAGUGUGACUUUCAAAGGGGAGAGCGUUUGAGAAUCCCUGCAAACAGAUGCUGUCCGGAGUGUUUCCCACAGUCACUCCCCUCCUGCCAGCAUCAGGGAGCAGUGUAUGGGCAUGACAGCCAGUGGAACGAGUCCAAGUGUUCAGUGUGUACAUGUGCCUCUGGGAAAGUGACCUGUGUCCCUCCUGCCUGUCCUCCCCUCAGCUGUGGCAGAGGACAAACUCCGUACGUCCCAGUCGGAGAGUGCUGCCCUAAAUGUGCCCGAAAUGGAGCUUCUUGCUCCUGGGAGGGAAAAGAGCACAGGGAUGGAGAGUUAUGGAGUCCCAGUCCAUGUACAAGGUGUGAAUGUAAAGAUGGACAGACACAGUGCUCGGUCGCAGAGUGCCAACCUAUCACAUGCAAGCCGAAUGAAAACCUGGUAAUCCAGCCAGGACAAUGCUGUCCUCAGUGCAUCUCAAACCCAUGCAUAGCUGGCAAAGAGUACAAGGAUGGUCAGCAGUGGCAGAAAAGCAGUUGUACCACCUGUGUGUGUCACCGUGGCCAAUCUCGGUGUCACACCGAGAAAUGCCACCAUCUCCAGUGUGAUAAGGGUGAGAUGAAGGUGAAGCGGCCCGGACAGUGUUGUGAGGAGUGUGUCUCCACCAAAGGCAGCUGCUUAUACGAGGGUACAACACGUUAUCAUGAAGACAUGUGGAACGGUACAGGCUGCGAGUUCUGCACGUGCCAGCGUGGCCAGGUUUUAUGCCAACAUGCCGAGUGUGCCAGGCUGGAGUGCCCAAGGGGGGAAGAGUUGCUGUAUUUAAAUGGGAAGUGCUGCCCAGAGUGUAAACCAUCAGUCAGUUCUUGUGUGUAUAUGCACCUAGAAAAUCAGAACGAGCAAUCCAAUGUGAAGAGUUUCAGACGUCUUGCCAAUCUGGAGAGUGUAAGCGAUGGUCCGUGUCGGGAGUGCCAGUGUCGGGAUGGUCAGGUGACUUGUUACCAGCGCUCCUGUCCCACAUGUCCUGUUGGCACACUUGCUAUGCCUCAGCAGGGAGAAUGCUGCCAAGAGUGCCAUCCAGCGGUCCAGUGUCAUCCAGACUGUUUGGCAUGCUCCACUACCCCGGAUCAGUGUAAUAGCUGUAGAGACCCUGGAGCUUUUCUCUGGAAAGGACACUGUGUGCACGUUUGUCCUCAUGGUUUUUUUCCUAAAGGCCGAGUCUGUGCAGCCUGCCACCCCUCCUGUGUCACCUGUGAGAACGACUUUGAGUGUACAGCAUGUGGUGGGUCGUUGCUGCUCAGCGGUAGGCAGUGUGUGGCCGCCUGUGAGACGGGACUAUACCAGGACCACACACAGUGCCUGAGUUGCCAUGACUCCUGUUCCUCAUGCCAAGGGGCGGGUCCUCAGGACUGUCUGUCAUGUGCUGACCCAGCCUAUCUGCUGAAGAACGGCUUUUGUGUGGCAGAGUGUGGGUCAGGCUUCUAUGUCAGUCAAAGCCAAUGUCAUGCAUGCGACUCGUCCUGUGCCACCUGUAAGCCUGAUAACCCCAGCUGCAAUAGCUGCCCCAGUGCCUAUGCACUGCAUCAUGGGAAAUGCAUUCCUGACUGUCCGGAUCAGCAUUACAAAGACAGACACAGCCGCUGCCAAUUGUGUCACAGCUCGUGUGCAUCCUGCUCUGGCCCCUCGGCGACCCAGUGCUCUUCAUGCCCCAGCUCUCUCCUUCUGCACGGUGGAGAGUGUGUAGAGUUCUGUGGAGAGGGUCUGUUCAACAGAGAUGGACGGUGUUAUAGUUGCCAUGUAUCUUGCCGGGCGUGUGUAGGUCCCGAGCUCUCAGACUGUGUACGGUGUGUAAAGCCAGAGGAAGUGCUGCAGCCUCAGAAUGCACAUGUCUCUUAUGGCAUGUGUUUAUCUUCCUGUCUGUCACAACACUACCUCGACUCAGAUCUCAUCUGCAGAGAAUGCCACGAGUCAUGUUCACAUUGCGCAUCAGGAAAUGCCAACAGCUGCACUUCUUGCCUUCAACCCGGUGUCCUCUACAAUGGACAAUGCCUUGAUCGGUGUCCUCAUGGUUUCCAUGUCCAAGACAGCACUUGCCAUGCUUGCCAUCCAACAUGUAAGGAAUGUUCUGGUCCCUCUCAAGCUGACUGCACAGUCUGCCCAUCUCAUGCCAGCCUUCACAACGGCUACUGCCGUACCAGCUGCCCUGAGGGACAAUACCUAAAUGCUGUCGGAUACUGUAGUGAGUGUCAGGAGGGCUGUCAGCGGUGCACAGCAGACCUUCAGCUCGGCUCCGGCACUGUGUGUUUGUGGUGUAAAGGCUCUCGGAUGCUGCUGCUGGGAGAUCACUGUGUGCAACAUUGUCCACCGGGACACUACAAAUACCAUGGAGCCUGCAAGAAAUGUCAUUCAUCCUGUGCGGACUGCAGUGAAGAAGGACCUCUGUUUUGUAGUUCCUGUACGGCCCCUAAUGUUCUUGCCCCAUCUGGUAUGUGCACCUCUCGAUGCCCCAUUGGAUACUACGCUGAUGAACGUCAAGUGUGUCAAAAGUGUGACCGUCAGUGUUGGACUUGUGAGAUGGCAGGAGUGUGUACGUCCUGCAGGGACCCGGAGAAGGUUCUACUCUUUGGCGAAUGCCAGUACGAGAGCUGUGCUCAGCAGUACUACCUCAACACUACGACACACACCUGCAGGGAGUGUGACUGGAGCUGUAACGCGUGUCGGGGUCCUCUCCGCACUGAUUGUCUGCAGUGUAUGGAAGGUCACGUCCUGCAGAAUGGAGUCUGCGUUCCCUCCUGCUCUCCGGGGUCCUACCAGGAUGGCGAGAGAUGCCUGAGUUGUGAUGAUCACUGUAAACAGUGCCAAGGUCCUGGACGAUGUCUUCAAUGCCAUCUCCCUUACGCCUCUUUAGAUGGCCAGUGUGUGCUGAACUGCGGCAGCCGCUACAUUCUCGACACGGCCAAACAGCAAUGUGUCGCAUGCCCAUUUAGUUGUGUGGAGUGUGUGAAUGUGGGACAGUGCCGCAUUUGUGCUGAGAAUAUGUUUGUUAAGAAUGGACAGUGCACACCUGAUUGUGGUCGUGGAUACUAUGCUGACAGGAAGACCAGAGAAUGCCACGCCAACACUCAUGCUCCAUCUCUCCACAUCAAUGGUUCAUUUCUGGUUGCUGUCGGUGGAGUGACCCCUCUGGAGCCUGCGCUCCUGUCAGUCACAGACUCAGACAGCCAAUCAGAGAGCCUGCUCCUACAACUGGUACAGCCUCCAAGUAACGGCCAGCUAACAGUACUGGAGCACAGACAAGAGAGAGCUCUGUACAAAGACGACACAUUCACCCUCACACAAGUGAAAAACAGAGUUGUGCGCUUUGUCCACACUGAGGCCCAAACCAAGGCUGGCCAGUUCACUUUGAGAGCGGCGGAUCCACAGCUGUUCUCUCUACCUCAGACUGUUAAUUUACAGGCAGUGUCUCAGCAGCCACCUGUAGUGGUUACCAACCAACCCAUUUACAUUGAGCCCAGUGAAGCGUUCAUCCUUACUAGGUCUGUUCUUCACAUCGAAGACUAUGACAACCCUCAAGACGUUCUCAUAAUGGUUCUGGAGCCUCCCCAACAUGGCCGCCUGACUCGAGUGCAUGGAGAUGGCCAGGUAUCUCGUUUUAAGCUGGAAGAGCUGGUGCGUGAGCAACUACAGUACGUUCACGAUGGCUCCAGCGGAGAGCAGGACACACUUCUUCUGCAGAUCAACGAUGGACACAGCUACCAGAAUGUCCUCGUCUAUGUCAACAUUGCUCAGAGGAAUGGACUUGCUCCUCACAUGCGCUCAAUCCCUAAGACCUGGGUGAGAGAAGGUGGAAUGGUGCAGCUUUCUAAGAAACACCUCAAGGCUGAGUAUAAAGGAGCCAGUGAUUCUGAGAUCCUCUACACCAUCCAGUCAGACAAAGGACAGACACAAUAUGGUGAGAUUGUGUUGGUGUCAAUGGCAGCUGAUGGUCCAGUAGAAGCCUGGCAGGCUUUUCCAGAGGGCAGAGAUACAACACCAACCUCUUCAUUUACCCAGCGGGACGUAAAUGAAGGCACUGUGUGGUACCGUCACUACGGAAGAGGCACUCAGAGAGACAGCUUUCAGUUUCAGGUGUCUGCUGAGGCUUUUCCAGACACACUCAGUGAUGCUCAGACCUUCACGAUCGGAGUGAUGCCUCAGAAUCCAGGGUUCCCUCAGCUCACGCCUGGAGCAGAUCUCCAGAUCAAUGCACUGGAAGAUCGUGUUACCCUGAUAACACCCUCCGCUUUAUCCUUCACUGAUUCAGAGACGCCAAGCAACAAGUUGAUUUACAACAUCACCAAGCUGCUACCUCCAGGCCAUGGUACUUUGGAGCAUGCUGACAGGCCGUACAGUCAUCUUCGCUUUUUUACUCAGGCUGAUGUAGACACUGGAAAAAUCAUCUACAGACCACCACAGGCACCGUCUCAUAUGCAGGAGCUUUACCAGUACUCCUUUACUGGCCUGCCAGAGUCAUUGAACUUCCAUUUCACAGUAUCUGAUGGACAUCAUACUACCCCUGAGAUGGACUUUUCCAUCCUGCUGUUGACCAAUCAUCAGCAACCUCCAGUUUUUCAGAUCUUGGACCCGGUGCUGGAGGUUAGCCUGGGAGGCAGAGCACCGAUCGGUGGUCAGCAGUUGGCAGUAACAGAUGCUGACACUGCACCAGAUGAGCUAGAGUUUGAGCUGGUGGAAGGUCCAGUGCAUGGAAACCUGCUCAGGGUGGAUUUUGGCUCUCAGACACCAAUGGUUAAUGGUGACACCUUUACCUUCAAUGAUAUCACCAGGAAUGUGCUUCAGUAUGAACAUUCUGGUCUUACCACUGAGGAGGACACCAUGAUCUUCUCAGUAACAGAUGGAAUGUCCAUGACAUCCACCACGGUGCAGGUGACUGUGUUAGAGGUCAAAGGCGAUGGCCCGAGACGAGACCCUAAGGCCUUGCUGUCGAUGGAAGUGGCAGAGAAGAGCAGCACUGUCAUCAGACGUUCACAUCUGGCGUAUGUGGACAAUGACUCCUCGGACAAUAAGAUUCGCAUCCAGCUUGUUUCAGUUCCCAUGUAUGGGAUCCUUACCAAGACAAAUUCUGCUUCAGACCAUGAAGAACUCAAUGAGUAUUCUUCCUUCAGCAUGGAGGACAUCAAUCACCACAAGAUCCGAUAUGUUACAUCAUUUGAUACCGGUAACCAGCCCGUCACCGAUAUUUUCCACUUCAUUGUAUAUGAUGCUGAGAACAACCGCCUGGACAACCAAAUGUGCACCAUUACCAUUACAGCUGUGCAGACCAACCAUUCUAACACAAAGAUCACAAAUGACAGUUGCAAUCCCAAUGUGUUACCAAAUAGUUAUUCAUCUAAGAUCACAGAGCAGCAGCUGAAAGGUACAGAUAUUGACUCUGACAACCUAAAACUCAAAUUCACGGUUACUAAAGAUCUCAGCGUCGGCACACUUCAGCUUCACAAGGACAGAAACAAAGUCCAGAUCUCUGCCAAAGGACCAAUCAGAAGCUUCACCCAAGACGACAUCAACAAAGGCCUUGUGGAGUAUAUCCAUGAAAAAGGAGAGAGCGGAGGCAGCUUCUCUUUUAAAUUCAACCUUGAAGAUCCAGAGGGCAACAAAGUAAUCGAUGAGUCUUUUUUCAUCACUGUUCUCGAGGAUAGACUUCCCCCUGCAGUAGUAGUGAAUAAGGGUUUGGUGCUGGAUGAAAACUCAGUGAAGAAGAUCACAACUCUGCAGCUGUCCUCCACAGACCAGGAUAGUGAGCCUGGAGAACUUGUUUACCGUAUCACUAAACAGACCCAACUCGGCCAUUUGGAACUUUCUACUAAUUCAGGCAAGCGCAUCAGCACGUUCACUCAGGCUGACUUGGCCUCACGCAACGUGCAGUACGUCCACACUAGUGAAGAAGAGCAUUACUCAGAUGACUUCACAUUCACCGUGUCCGAUGGGGCUAAUGAGAUUUCACAGACAUUCUACAUCACUAUCCGACCAGUGGACGACUCCUUGCCCAUGCUGACCAUGUCAGGGAUGAGGGUGCAGGAGGGAGUGAGGAAAACCAUCACAGAAUUUGAGCUCAAGGCAACAGAUGCAGACACAGAGGAGGACUUGAUCACGUUUACCAUUGUUCAGGCUCCUCGUCAUGGCACCAUCGAGCGUACCAGCAACGGUCAGCACUACCGGCAAACCAACACCUUCACCAUGGACGACAUUUAUCAGAACCGCAUCAGCUACCAUCACGACGGCAGCAACUCCCUGAAAGACCGCUUUACUUUUACUGUCAGCGAUGGCACUAACAUGUUCUUCAUCAUCGAGGAAGGUGAAAAAGAGGGGGUUACUGCUGCACCUCAGAAGUUUAAGAUUGACAUCCUACCUGUUGAUGAUGGAACGCCUCGAAUCGUCACUAACCUGGGCCUGCAGUGGCUGGAGUAUAUGGACAACAGGGCAACAAACCUUAUCUCGAAGAAGGAGCUUCUCACCAUUGAUCCAGACACUGAUGAUGGUCAACUGACUUAUGAAAUCACAGCAGGACCCAGAUAUGGUUAUGUGGAGAGCAAGCUGAAACCAGGAAUCCCCAUUACCUCUUUUACCCAAGCGGAAGUCAACCUUGGUGUCAUUCGCUAUGUUCUAAAUGACAAUGGUGUCCAGGAGACCAUGGACAACUUUAAGUUCCUGGUGAAAGACAGCAAACCCAACAUCGUCAGUGACAAUGUAUUCCACAUUCAGUGGUCCCUUAUCAGCUUUGAGCAUCGCAGCUAUAAUGUAAGUGAGAAGGCAGGGACUGUGGCAGUGACAGUAAAAAGGACAGGAAACCUGAACCAGUAUGCCAUUGUGCUGUGUCGCACUGAGCAAGGAACUGCCACCUCCACCGCUGGCAUCCAGCGCGGAAAACAUGACUACGUGGAGCAUGCGGGACAGGUUCAGUUUGACGAGCGCGAGGACACCAAAGUGUGCACCAUCAUCAUCAACGAUGAUCAGGUGUUUGAGAACAUCGAGAGCUUUACGGUGGAGCUGAGCAUGCCCGUGUACGCUCUGCUGGGUCAGGUGACCCGAGCCAAAGUGAACAUUAAUGAUACAGAGGAUGAGCCCACCUUGCAGUUUGACAAAAAGACCUACCACAUCAACGAGAGCAGUGGCUUCAUCCACGUUCCCAUUGAGAGAAAAGGUGACACCAGCAGCACCGUUUCUGCUCUUUGCUACACCAUUCCUAGGUCAGCACGAGGCAGCAGCCUCCAUGCUCUGGAGUCAGGCUCUGACUAUAAGAGUCGCAGCAUGAGCACAGAGAACCGUGUUGUAUUGGGCCCUGGGGUCAGCAUGUCUACCUGUGAUGUCACGCUGAUCGACGAUAGCGAGUACGAGCCGUCUGAGGAGUUUGAGCUGGUGCUCUCGGAUGCUUCUGAUAACUCCCGCAUGGGGGACAUCACAGUAGCAAAAAUAAUUAUUGACGGCCCCAAUGAUGCCUCUACUGUGUUUCUUGGCAAUGCGUCUUUUAGCUUCACUGAGGAUGCAGGCACAAUUGAGAUCCCAGUGUUGCGUCGGGGCAGUGACCUUUCCUCUGUAGCAUCGGUAUGGUGCGCCACUCGUCCAGCUGACCAGGACACUGCCACUCCCGGCGUGGACUACAUCCCUAGUUCAAAGAAAGUUGACUUCAAGCCUGGGAAGACUGAGGAGACUUGUAGUUUGACCAUCAUGGAUGACAUCCAAAACCCCACCAUAGAAGGAAAAGAAUCUUUCAUCGUCUUCCUCAGCUCUCCUAAUGGCGCUGUUCUUACGGAGCCUUACGAAGCUUCGGUUUAUAUCAUUGACAGCACACAAGAUCUUCCCAGUAUGCAGUUUGAGAAGGUGGCAUAUACAGUCAAGGAGAAAGAUGGAGUCCUGCACAUCCCCAUCAUCAGGACGGGAGAUUUGACUUACAAAUCUUCAGUACGCUGCUUUACGCGCACCAUGUCUGCCAUGGUGAUGGAUGACUUUGAGGAGAGGAGGAAUGCAGAUGUCUCUCGUGUGGUUUUCCUCAAAGGAGAAAAGGUGAAGAAUUGCACAGUGCACAUCAAUGAUGACUCCGUCUUUGAACCAGAGGAAGAGUUCCAGGUUCACUUAGGCACACCACAGGGGGAUCACUGGAGUGGAGCCAUGAUUGGGGUCAAUGAUAUUGUCACUUUGACCAUCACUAAUGAUGAGGAUGCGCCAACGAUUGAGUUUGAACAAGCUUCUUACCAAGUGCGAGAGCCUCCUGGUCCAGACGGCAUUGAAGUCCUGAAUAUUAAAGUCAUCAGGAAAGGAGACUUGGACCGCACCUCCAAGAUCCGCUGCAGCACCCGGGAUGGAUCAGCCCAGUCCGGAGUGGACUAUAACCCUACAAGUCGCGUCCUCAAGUUUAGCCCUGGUUUGGACCACAUUCUUUUCAAGGUUGAGAUCUUGUCCAACGAGGAGAGAGAGUGGCACGAAUCUUUUUCACUUGUCCUUGGCCCUGAUGACCCAGUGGAAGCUGUUCUUGGAGAAAUUACCAUGGCUACUGUCACUAUUCUUGACCAGGAAGCUGCAGGAAGUCUAAUCCUCCCUGCCCCUCCAAUUGUAGUGUCCCUCUCAGACUAUGACUCUGUCCAGGAGGUGACAAAGGAGAAGAGUAAGAAGUCUCCAUCUCCAGGUUACCCUCUGGUCUGUGUGACCCCUUGUGAUCCCCAUUAUCCUAAAUACUCAGUCAUGAGAGAACGCUGCGAGGAGGCCGGCAUCAAUCAGACCUCUAUUCACUUCAGCUGGGAGGUUGCAGCACCAACUGAUAGCAGCGGAUCCAGGUCUCCAUUCGAAACUGUCACGGACAACACACCCUACACAACCGUCAACCACAUGGUCCUGGACAGUAUCUACUUCAGUCGGCGCUUUCAUGUACGCUGUGUGGCUCAGGCACGGGAUAAGGCUGGACACCUUGGUACACCACUAAGGAGCAAUAUUGCCACUAUUGGAACUGAAGGUUCUAUAUGCCACACCCCAGUGACCACUGGAACGGCCCGUGGCUUCCAAGCCCAGUCCUUUAUUGCGACACUAAAAUACCUGGACGUCAAACACAAAGAGCAUCCCAACAGGAUUCACAUCUCAGUUCAGAUCCCUCAUCAGGAUGGAAUGUUACCUCUGGUGUCCACUGUGCCCCUACACAAUCUGCACUUUCUGCUUUCGGAGUCUAUUUAUCGUCAGCAGCACAUUUGUUCCAACCUAGUUACACUUAAAGACCUGCAAGGCAUCUCUGAAACUGGCUUCCUGGAUGAUGUGACCUAUGAUAGCAUAUCCUUGGGUCCCGGCUAUGAUCGUCCUUACCAGUUUAACCCCAACAUCCGUGAGCCUAGAACCAUCCAGCUCUACAAGCAUCUCAAUCUGAAAAGCUGCAUUUGGACUUUCGAUGCUUACUAUGAUAUGACCGAACUGAUCGACGUAUGUGGGGGGUCGGUCACUGCUGACUUCCAGGUGAGAGACUCGGCACAGUCAUUUCUAACAGUGCAGGUUCCUCUCUAUGUGUCCUACAUCUAUGUGACUGCACCUCGAGGUUGGGCCUCCCUCGAGCACCACACAGAGAUGGAGUUCUCCUUCUUCUAUGAUACUGUACUGUGGAGGACAGGCAUUCAGACGGACAGUGUGCUCUCAGCCAGACUGCAGAUCAUUAGAAUCUUCAUCAAAGACGAUGGACGGCUAGUGAUCGAGUUUAAAACGCAUGCUAAAUUCAGGGGUCAGUUUGUUCCAGAUCAUCAUACUCUUCCUGGGCACAAGUCUCACUUGAUGGCACCGGACCACCUUGGGGGGAUCGAGUUUGAUUUGCAGCUUGUUUGGAGUGCACAGACCUUUGACUCACCUUACCAGCUUUGGAGGGCCACAAGCUCCUACAGCAGGAAGGACUAUUCUGGGGAAUACACAGUCUUCUUGAUUCCCUGCACGGUGCAGCCCACUCAGCCAUGGAUUGAUCCUGGAGACAAGCCUCUUUCUUGCACAGCCCACGCUCCUGAGAAGUUCCUGCUGCCCAUUGCUUUCCAGCAGACAAAUCGACCUGUUCCUGUGGUCUACUCACUCAACACUGAGUUCCAGCUGUGCAACAAUGAAAAAGUGUUCAUGAUGGAUCCUGCAACCACAGACAUGUCUAUGGCAGAGAUGGACUACAAGGGAGCGUUUUCAAUGGGUCAGACUCUGUACGGCAGGGUGCUGUGGAAUCCUGAACAGAAUCUGAACUCGGCUUACAAGCUGCAGUUGGAGAAGGUUUAUCUGUGCACAGGACGCGAUGGCUAUGUUCCCUUCUUUGACCCAACGGGCACUUUGUACAAUGAGGGGCCUCAGUACGGUUGUAUCCAGCCUAACAAGCACCUCAAACAUCGCUUCCUGAUCCUGGAUCGAAAGCAGCCUGAUGUCUGUGACCGCUACUUCCAUGAUGUUCCAUUUGACGCCAGCUUUGUGUCAGACGUCCCCGAUCUGCAGUCCGUAAGCACAAUGCCUGGAGUGGAUGGCUUUACCAUGAAGGUUGAUGCUCUCUAUAAGGUGGAGGCGGGACAUCAGUGGUACCUCCAGGUCAUCUAUGUCAUCGGUCCGGAGUCAAUCUCCAGCCCCAGAGUGCGUCGCUCUAUAAGCUUAGCAUUAAAACGUGACCUGAGCGAGCAAUCGGUGCUGGACGAGUCGCUCAUCUACGACAACGAGGGCGAGCAAGUAAAGAACGGAACCAACAUGAAGGCCCUGAAGCUGGAACUCGAACCCUCGGCCACGUUCGACUCCCACACGAGCGGCUCGGUUGGAGGUGGUGUGGCAGCCAUCUUCCUGCUCGUUCUGCUGUUCCUGUCUACUUGCUUACUGUUCAGGAAGUGCCGGAAGGUGGACAAAAGGAAGCCCGUGAAGAACCCCAACAUGGAAGAGUAUCCUCUGAACACCAAAGUGGAGGUUGAGCGCCUCGAGAAGAACCUGAAGAAUGACAAGUGCAAUGUUAACCUUCUCAGCCAGAGCGCAGACACCUGGAAGGUCAACGGGGUCAAGGUCAAGCAGGUCAACUUGGAGGUCAAACUACACAACAACCUGAAUGACGGUACUGAAGUGUGAUCUGUUCAACACACAAGAACGGGAAUUAGAGUAUUUAAUAAGAUGCUGUAAACACAACUAUUUUCUAUUGCUGUCCAGAAUAAUGCAGAGGUGUUGCUGUAGGAGAUAAGUAUAUUUAUACGACCCUGAGUAUAUGUGUGUGUGUGUGUGUGUGUGCGUGUGUGUGUGUGUGUGUGAGUGUGUGAGUGUGAGGGUGGGGGGGUCUGUUUGCCAGCUAUGCAGUGUAAAGAAUCAUGCAACUGAGCUACCUCAGGAAGAUGUCAUCAUAUUAAAUGAUCUCACUCUAAUCUCUGUCUGGUUUUCAGUUGCCAUUCAUAUUUUUUUGUUGUUGUUUAUUUGUGUCAUUGUUAUUGAUACAGCAAUCAGUGGUAGCUCAGCCGCCUCAUCACUUUAUUUAAAUGCAGGUUUUUUUUGCUGUAUUUCACGUUAAUCCAUUUCAGUCAAAUCACAACGAAAGUAUUAAGCACAGGUGUACGUGACACACUGUUCUGAAUUCGUAAACGAUGAAAAUACCUUUAUAAAGUGCAAUUACAGGAUGACCUACAGGAUGAUCAUCUCUCAUAUCUGAUUUUUUUUCUUCUACUCUUAUCGCUCGAUCACGAUUGUGCCACACUAACUUUUACCAACUGCGUUUUUUUGAGUCUAAAUCCAAAUACUGCAAAAACGUUAUUAUAUAUUGUAUUAUUGACGAUUGCUUUUGCAAACAGUACUGCUAAUUGUUUUUUUUUAAACACCGAAGCCGAAUAGAGUGUUUUGUGUUGGACUGUUUCUCCGUCCUGUGUAUAUUUUCAUUUUUUUUACACUGUGGAUUUGUUUUUAUUUGCUUAACUGCACAUACAAGAUCCAUUAGUAUCUGGUGACAUUGUUGAUGAGAGAUUAUUGCCAUAUUAUCUCACUUUAUUAUUAUUGUUUUAUUAUUAUUAUGUCACGCAUAUAUUAUAUAUGUUUAGUACAUUCAAUGUAACGUUCUGCACAAAUGUUUUUCAGUGUUGUGUUUUAUAUGAUUUUGUUCCAUAUCACGUUGGUGCUCAUGUGAGACAGAGAGUCUGCAGUCAAAGCACAGCAUACUGUUUUGUUUCUACUUGUUUGGGGUUUUUUUUGCCCGUUUUCGCAGAAUGCAGUGCCUAUAACGCAGAAAAGAGAACGUACGGUGCUAUGAGUUGUAAGAAAAUGAUGUAAUGCCUGUAACUAUGUGCCUUUUUAGUAAUAAAAAAAUUUAAAUCUGUAAAAA